CUUUACCAGCGUUUGGAGGGUGCAUCUAUCAAUCUGCGAGGACCAUAGGUAGCGUCUAGUAUCUGUGAGAGUGAAUCGUGGUCCUACAGUGAUAACGCAUUUCGAUGAACAUGAAAAGAAGGCGAGAAGCAUCUUCCCUUUGUUAAGCGCGGUCGUGUAUGUCGGUAGGUAUGUGUUAUCCACCGUUGUCUGUGCUAUUUCUUUGUCUGCUACUAUUACUGAGUCAGUGAUUGACUCGUCCUGCUACCGAGGACAUGGUGGCUGUCAACUAGUAUCCAGUUGCUCGAGUACUGGUUUGGUGGACGUAAAGUCUUAUAGAGUCGAAUUGAAGACUGUCACUGUCACAGUCAUUGAGACUGUUGAGUGACUGCAUUGAUCAUACUUCUGCUUGAGGACGAGGAAGGAACAGAUACUAGAUCUUUGACUUGGCGUGCCUGUUUCGCACUUAUUCGGACGCUAGCAUGGCGUUUUGGGUAAUAGUAUAACUGGCGCUAAGUCAACUAAGAACUGCGCAAAAACGGCCACUAUUGUCGCCUCCUCGUUCUGGAAGUGCUCCGCUUCGCGGCUUUUGCUACUUGCUUCCUCUUGGUUUUUCUGUCUUUUGGUUUCUUUUCAUGUGAUUCCCCGCGCCCCUCCGGGUGUGGCUGACUACGUGAAUCGAGAAAACUGGCACCAUUGCGCCGCUCUGAAAUAUAUCAUGCGCCGCGCCAGCUCAAAGUGCGAAGACGUGAUCGCGACGGGGAUCGCGGACGACGCAGAUUUUAGAGACGAGUACGCGGUCGAGGGCAGCAAGAAAGGCGAUGAGUUGGCCCGUAACGCCAAGCACAGCAAGCUGGGCGCACAGUUUCGGCAUGGGUUCUACGAUGGGCGAGGUCACAGGGCAGUUGUACUCCGCGAUUUGAAAGCCUGCGCAGAAGUUCUAGCUGCGUAUGAGGGGAUGAGGAAAAGUGGAACUGGACCUGCGUGCUGCGUUCAGUAGCGGCAAGGUUAUGAUCUUAAGAAUACAAGAACAAUUUCAAAGCUUCCUCAUUCCUCCACGAGAUCAUCAUGAGCGUUCACUGAAAAGACAGCCCAAGAGCGAGAAGAUAGUACUUCUGCCGUUGCAUGAGGAGUUUUUUCCUCCUGGCAGCACCGCUGGUUUCUUUCUGUUUGAUUACUUAAUGGCCACGCAUCAAAGACAGACGCAUGUUGACUUUGACACAUGAAAGCUAGAAAUCGGCAGAAACCAAGUCCUCCUGUACGAAC